GCAGCUAGAUAAGUUGUGUGUUUUCCCAACGUUGUCAGUGCGGGGCUGUCCACAGGGGAGCCGAGCGACCGUCAGCGCUUGGCUCUAAUGUGGUCCGUACGGUUGUCCGCUGUGCUGGUCCCUUGUCAACAGGUUCUUCAACUCGCUGCAACCGCCGUUUGGUCAAGGAUUUGCCUCGACGUCAUCCGGAAGCUUCCCUAACGCGCUGCGAAGAUUGACCGUUUGUUUUUGUGUUGUGCGUGCGGAAUUUUUCUUCGGACCCCCUAGUCCUACCAUUAUUUAACUACAGAGUCGGCUAGCAUCAAAGUUUGGUAUUGUUUUUCUAGUUUCUGUGCGCGUUUUGCGAAGGAAUUGAAAAAAAAAAAAUCGGAGGAUUCUUGGAGGAGGGUCAGUCAACUUUUCACGUACGCAGUUCGACAAGUCUGUGCGGGUUCCGACGGCUGGUGUGUCGGCCUUGACAGUCGAUUUUCGUCUGGUCGCCACCACAUGGUCAGACACUGAAGACACAUCGUGCUGUGGAUACGACACCCGUGUGAACCGAUGGAAGUCAGUUUCCAAGCGCUGAAGAGUUCUUUAUGCUGAGCGUCAGUGCUUGCGCCAGGACAGUGUGGCUUAUGGACAUCGCCGACGUGGUGACGGCUAAGAGGCCGUACGGUUAGGGUCUUGCCGAUGCUCAGUUUCUUUCUGCUUUGUGCAGCGGUGCUUGUGGGGACGGCGGGCGCGGGACCUCUACUCGCCAGUCAGGACGACCUCGAUUCGGAAGUCCUGGACGGCGAAGUGGUGGAAGUGAUCAAGCAGCGCAUCUUAGCGGACCUAGGCCUCAUGCACAUUCCAGACGUGUCGCGGGCCAACGUGUCCGCGGAGCACAUGGACCGGAUGCUGAGGGUCUACAGGAGAAGUGUGGAAGCGUCACGGGAGGAAGACGAUGAAGAUGCUGGGGAAGACGGAUCCGUGCAUCGUUUCUAUAGCUUCACGAACAGUGCACCCUUAUUCCCGCUGGAUUCAAGAGGCGACCAGGAUAGACAUCAUCUUCACUUCCCCGUACACAUCCCGAGCUCUUCGGGCAACACCACCCAAGGCGGUCCCCGAGGCAUCACCGUACGAUCUGCCAAACUCCGCCUCCACCAUUCGUCCCCCUGGACGGCCACCGUGCUCGUCUACCAACUACUAGAACCUUCCACCUGUCACAGGCACCCAAACUGCGACAAGCUCCUCAUCGCUGCUAGUGACGUCUCCGCCGAGGGCUGGCACCUCUUUGACGUCUCCAGGGCUGUCGGAACGUGGGUUGAACGACCACACACCAACUACGGACUACUUGUCGAAUGUCGCGGUAGCUGCCGCGUUUCGCCAGACACUUCGUUAGAUGUCGAAGUCGUCGAAAACGUUGCCCGAGUACGGCGGCAUUCCGUAGACACCGGCGUGUCCUCUUUGGAUGGACACCCUCGCCUGCGAAUGGAGUGUUCCAACGGGAUGAAGACCAAAGUAUGUUGUCGGUAUGCGCUCAAGGUUUCUUUCGCAGAGAUUGGCUGGGAUUGGAUAGUCGAACCGAAAGAGUUUGAGGCUUACUUCUGCAAAGGAAAAUGUCCCAACCGUUAUAGAAACUUCGCGAGCACGCACGCGCUCCUGCAGAGCAUUAUAAACAAGAAGAGCGAAGGCAGAGAAGUUCCGAGGCCUUGUUGCGCUCCGAGGAAGCUAAAGCCGCUCAGUCUGUUGCAUUAUAACAACGACGAUCCGCCGACACUGUCCGUUACUAGGCAGAAAGGGAUGAUUGUCAAAGAGUGCGCCUGUUCCUAACGGCAUUUUGUGAGGGACCGACAUGUCUCCAGGAGAAGGGUGGACAGAAGUAGUAAUCAAGAAGAGCACGAUGACUUUAGACCUGUGCAGUCGAAAAACAACAGGCCACGUACGUGUUUUCAAACUGCCACAUCGUGGCGCGGCUAUGUGAAUCGCAGGGCCGGCGCAUCUUGGUAGGUAGUCACACCCUAUCACUCCCUCAUGGCACAUCUUAGCACAACGGUCCAAGGACAGGGUUGCUCUGUCCAAUGGGUCAUGUAUGUGCAUGAUACGAGAGGGUCCUUCGGUUAGGUGUGAUCCUAGAACCAGUGUUUUCCUAGGGCAUGAAAAUCUCUGCCCAGGGUCAUUGGGGGUGUUCCCGGUUUGUCUGAGCACGGCACUUUCCCAUUCCUGACCUUCGUUUUAGCCCACGACGCAAGAUGCACGCACUAACGUUCCUAGUCGUAAGUUCCAUACGAGGCAAUACAGUCGGCCAUUCUGCUUCAUUCGUUCUUUGCGGGUAUGGAACGGUGUUGUGAGUUCGCAAUGUCGGUGGUUCCACGUCACCAGAAGCUACGGUCACGGUAAUACUAAUCUAGUUGAUGCACAUUAGCUAAUUGAGUUCGCAGUUACCUGGAUAAAAGUUGGUCGUUCCAGAAGACAUGACAGUAAAGGAAAAAGAGAAUGGAAGCUUUUCUGACCUGGAUCUCCAUCACUUUCUUGUGUUCUUUCCAAUGCCAUCUGUCCUUUGAUAGUGGCACCCCCCCCCCCAAAAAAAAAAGCAAAGAAGAACAAGAUGAUGUGAUGCCCUACGCAGUCGUUUUGACCAGCCUAGUGUACGCGCCGGCCCUGAACAGUCGAUGUAGUACUCUUCCAUAAACACAGAGCAGCGAACUUGAACUUCCCAAACGAAAAGGUCCUAUUGAAAUCUGUAUAUGGAUAUGACUAGGAACCUUUCGAGGCGCAGGGAUGUCAAGAUCGACAAGGAAGCAAAGGGAUUCCAAAGUCUUACUUGAUGACGUCACUGAAACUCUUUCAGAGAGCAUAUAGAUCGCUGUGGAAGCAGUGGUAGAAGAAAGGAAAAGUAAAGGCCUUCCAUCUAUCCCUUUCGGGCACGUUGCGCGCACAACUGCCCACCAUGCACCGUUUUGCCGUGGUGUUGAAAAUGUCAGCUUGCACCAAAGAGGGUACACGCGUGUGCUGCAAGACGUGACUCAGGGCUUUCCAAGUACCCGUGGCCGGACACACGCGCCGGCCGGUUUACGUGCACGGGUGUCUCAAAAAAAAAAACAAAAAAAAAAAAACGUUCCUUCAGAGACAAGCUGGUGAACUGUGUGAACCGAGUCUCCGUAACGGGUAUAUAGAACAACAAAAAAAUAAAUGACUGCAUAUAUUUUGUGGAGCCCACGUGACCUGUGGCGUUCCGCCUGUGAUACUUCUACUAGACCACGUUCCCUGUGUGUGUGUUUGUCUGUCUGUUGGAUGUGAAAGCACACGCGAGAUUAUAGCGAGGACGGACGAUGGAGAAAUCACCACUAUAUUUAAAGACAUUUUUUUUUUCCCUGCGUAAUAUUUAUCUCUGUGCCUAUUGUUGAAUGUGCAUAAAAUGUCUCAAUUAAAGCGCUGUCUCGAUUGUUGUGAA